GAAGGUGUAUAUAAUGUCUUGCAGUCUGAUAGUUUCUGAUGUGCUGGCUGAGGUUGUCAUUAGAUUCCUGAGUCUGCCUGUGUGCAUUGUUCCCAAGUGUAGCACAGUGGCAAGUACUGAAACAACUAUUGUGGAAAUAGUUUGGGCCAGUGACACUAGGACGAGCAGCAAAAAGUAAAGUUCAGCAACAUGUCUCUCCCGAUGAAUUCUUCACCCAAGAGAAAUGACAGACCCAUCAUCGGUAUCUUGGCUCAAGAAGUUUCUCAUCCUAAACCAAACCAGACAUCUCACAUGUUUGCAAAUCAUGUGAAAUUCCUGGAGUCCGGAGGGGCAAGGGUUGUCCCUAUCAAGAUACACCAGACUGUGGAGGAGUACACGAGACUGUUCAACUCCAUUAAUGGGGUCUAUUUCCCAGGUGGACGUGCAAGCUGCACCACAUCUGCUUAUGCAAGGUCUGCAAAGAUCUUUUUUGACCUUGCUAUUGAGGCGAACAAGAAAGGCGACUACUUUCCUGUGUGGGGCGCCUGUCUAGGAUUUCAAAUCAUGACUAUUUUAACAGGUGGAGAAGAGUUAUACUCAAGGACCAACACACUUGGUGUAUUAUUGCCUCUGACCUUCACUGAGGAUGCUAAAGACAGCCGGUUGUACAGUGGCUUUCCAGAUGAAAUCAUCAAAGAUCUGACUAAUGAGCCGCUGUCACAACACAACCACCGGUGGAGUCUGCCAUUAUCUACUUACAACUCAAAUGAGAAACUGAAGAAGUUCUACAAAGUUCUUAACACGAAUACAGAUGGAGUUGAGUUUGCGUCAACACUGGAAGCGUAUGAUUACCCAAUUUAUGCGGUUCAGUGGCACCCAGAAAAAAAUGCAUUUGAAUGGUCAAAGCCUGCUGUUGCACACUGUCCCUCAGCAGUCAAGACCUCGUUCCUCAUGGCAGAGUUCUUUGUUGGUGAAGCCAGAAAGAACUUCCACAGAUUUGAAUCAGAGGAGGAGGAGCAGAAAGCACUGAUAUACAACUACUCUCCUACUUACACUGGGCCUGUGUGUGGCUUUGAGCAAACCUAUUUUUUCUGCUGAUAUCCUGGAAACAUUAUAAUGUUAAUACUAGUACCGCAAGCGGAAAUGAACGGGUUUGAGCUCGGGGCUCGCGAGUCGCCGCGCGAGUCCUCUAGCUCAUCUCCCGUUCAUUCACCGCUUGCGGUACUAGUUAUUUUCAGCUCGGACUAUUUUCAGCGUCCCUGUGCUAAAUUAGAGGGCACGUCCUGUUUAAAAUGGCCGACUUCCUGUUGGGUGAAAGGUGUGUUUGUAAACGUGUUCAGGGACGGUCCCUUGACUCACAUAUCAAGUUUCGUGAAGAUCGGACAAUGUUAGACUCUACUUCCUGUUUCGGGAGUUCUACUUCCUGUAGGGAGAUCAUCCUUUACAGACAUGUUCCGGACGGGUCUGAGGUCUCACAUAUCAAGGUUUUAAGUGGAUACAGCAAUCCCUGUUAGAGCAGCAUGAAAAACUGUAAAUGUAAUUUCGUCUGCCGUCACCAGGGGGCACUGAUUUUGACGGAAUAUUUUCAUAUAGAUUUGUUUCGGGCCGGACUGUCAACAGUCCUAGCAAGUUUGGUUCAGAUUGGACCUGGAAUGGCAAAGUUGUAACAGUUUGUUUUUUUAGUAUUUUCUACCACCCCCAGGAGGCGCUGUUUUCAAAUUGUAUUGUUUUCAGCAAUAUAGUCGUCUUCAGCAACUACCCAUCAUCAAUCAAAGGAAGUUUGGUUGGGAUGGGACCUUCUAUCGCAAAGUUAUAAUAGUUUCGUUGCCUUGGCGAAACAUUAAAAUUUUCACCAACUUUGCCGCCCCCUUUCUUGUACGCCAUGAUACUUAUUGAAAAGUUUUUUAUACCUUUGGAUCCUCAACUUGUCCACAGUGACCUCACAAAGUUUAAAGGUGAUCCCAUGAAACCUCUAGGACAAGUUCGUUCGCAUACAAUUGCUGCGAAAUGGCCAAAAUCGGCAAAGAAUGAACUUUCAAUCCAAGAUGGCGGCUUUCCUGUUCGUUUUAGACUGCACUGACUUUUGUGACUGGCCCGACCUAAGGAACGCGUGUACCAAGUUUCGUGCAUGUACAUUAAACGUGCUCCUCAGGCCCACAAGUUUUAGGGGGUGGAGCAGUUAUUUGCCCCUCCCACUUUCAUUUUUUAACGCACAUUCCCCGAAACACUAAUAAACGUAAAUUUACACCAGGUCUGAUGCGCUUGCAAAAAUUGGUGAGUUUUGGGGCAUGUUCAGGGCCUCAAAAACGCGAUUUACUUUGGUGAAGAAGAAGAAGAAGAAUCUUUGCGAUUACAAUAGGGUUCUUGCAAUUUUGUUGCUCGAACCCUAAUUAUUACAUUACAUUACAUUACAUGUCAUUUAGCAGACACUUUUAUCCAAAGCGACUUACAAGGGAAUUGAGUACAACCUGCUAGGGGUGGAGUUGAACUUGCGAGUUGCGACCAUGAAGUCUAUUGCACACUGGGUACUGGUCUUAACCACUGAGCCACUCCACCCAUAUUACAGUAAUACAAUGUUAAAUGUUCAGCUUGCAGCAUAUUCUGCUGCCUCCAAGUGGCCGAAAAUAAAGAAUCCACAAUAAAAAAAAAGACGAGUCAAAAACAUUGAAGGCUGAUAAAAUAUCUAUUUUUUUUUAUUCUAACAUGUACCUUCAUGCCACAAUUUGCUGUUAAUCUCCUAUGCUUUGGAUAACAAAGUUAAGCAUCUGCGAAAAGUCCUCAACCACAGGCAAGAAAGUUCAACGUUGCCAAUGGCAUAUUAAAAAGUCCACUUUCAACUCAAGUCAAGGACAGCAACAAGAGAACUGAAAUGAAAAGUCAAAUGUAAUUUCCAAAAUGCUUUAUGCACAAAUAACACCCAGGUAAUAUUGUUUAAUUUUUUUUCUUUCCAUUUUUCUCUUUUUAAGAAUAAAAUGAUGUUUGAAUAACAUUUACACAUCAAGCUGACGAGACUGGGUUCUCAAUCACGAUACUACUGGAAAUGUAGUUUAUGCAGUCAAGUAAGGAACAUUCAAGAUGUCAAAAUCACCAUGUGGACCUGAUCAGGGAUAAUGCUGCAAAUGAUUUCUUGCCAUGCACAGAAACAAAUGACAAAAAGAAAAAAGAAUGACCAAGAAAUUUAAAACCAAACUUGUGCCUCAGAAAUUCAUUUUGUAUUAUGUACUUCCAUGACCUUCCAUGACUGAAGCUAACAACAUGUGUUCCAUAUU